UAAUUGGUAUCAGAGCUUUGGCAAGAGCUUGGUGGAUUCUAUGUCUCAGGUCGGGCGACGAAGGGGAGGUUUUCGAAUGGAGGGUCGUGACAUCAACAACGACAUGGCUGAAAUCAAAAGGAUGCUUCAGCAACUUGCGGUACGUCUUGAUCGCAUCGAAACUCGACGACGGGGUCAUAAGAGUUUUGACGGGGAGAGAAACGUUACCACUUAUCAUCAACGUGUCGAUCGCAUCGAAACUCGACGACAAGAUCGUAAGAGUUCCGACGGGGAGAGAAACGUUACCACCUAUAAUCAAUGUGUCAAUCGCAUCGAAGUUUCACACCAAAGCGGUGAGAGUAUUGAGGAGGAACAAUACAUUGAUCUCUCUCAUCGCUGUGCUUCUUUGUGUGAGCCAGACAUACAGGAUGAAGAUAAUUAUGAUUCUGAAGAUUGCGAUGAAAAUUGCUUGGAGAUUGAAGAGGUUGACCUGCCCAUGCAAAUGAUUCAUCUCCCAGUGCAACAAAAUAUCGUUAAAGCCAUGCCAGUCCAUCUUGUGGAAACAUCAUCAGCAAUUGUAAGUCAUGAAAUUAAUUCAUGCAUGGGUGAUAUCUUUGAAUUGGAUGAUCAUGUGGGUAAUUCAGAUCCAAAGCCCAAACUAGAUCUGGAUGUCGACAUUGUUUUAGGAUCUCAAGAAAUAGAACAUAGUAUGUGUGGGUCAAUACGUGAGCAUCCUAACAGAAUUGUUGGUGUUGAUCUUAAGAAGUCAUUUGUCUCCAACAAGCUGGUGAAGCGUGUUGAAUCUAAAAGCAAAGAUGCAUCCCUCAAAUUUCAUGAUCCAUUACAAGAAGAUGCAACUCAUCAAUUUAUUGAUUUCAUUGGGGAAUCAAUUGCAAGCUAAUCUGUCAAAAGAAGAUUUGAAGCAAUGGAAGAUUUUAUUGAAUUUUCUUCAAUCAAUGGCUCAAAUUCGAGGACGAAUUCUUUCCAACCAGGGAAGCCUGAUGCGGGUGCAUAUGGGGCAACAUCAAAUGCAUUAUUUUGUUGUUUUAUUAUAUAUUUGUAAUAUUUGAUAUUUCAUUGUUUAGAUAUUUUUAGGGUAUCUUUUUACAUUUAAUUUAGGUUUUACAUUUAAUUAGCUUUCCAUUUUAGCUUAAGUCUACUUAUUCUCCAAGUAUUGUAAACCCUAUAAAUAUGGGUAAG